AUGUCGUCACCGGUCCGGUCCCGGCACCCUCGCUCUCCGUUUCCGCCACCACCCCAGCUAUUGUUAUAUAUUGUCUCUUUACCUCGGCACAUGGCUACACAGGCCUUUACGAUUAUAUCGCACUACGAUAAGACUGGCGAUGAAAUCCCUGGUACUGUUGAAAAAGAGGCCGUUUUAUCUUCCGAUAUUGAUGCACUCUGGGAGUCCGAGGCUGGUCCUUCUAAUAUAUCACUGAAGCGACGAAUACCCCCGCGCUUCGUUCCUGCUUCUAAUCUAAACACUUCAACGUACUCGGAGAAAGCACCAGAACACGCAGCAAAGACAGAGACCAAUGAGAUUGCAUCGUGGUACGCUGGACUAUCGCGAAGCCAAACACCCGCCAAACAGCCCGAGCCUUCUUCCCGAGCCGAGCCUCCGGCCGUCGAGAGCGCAGCCAAAAGCAAAUUGCCCAAGCCGAACAAAAAUGACUGGUUUAUACAUCGGGCGCUGUCGAAUGUCCCAAAGGAUGCUGGACCGGUGCAAAAGAGUAGCCUUGCUGACAUGCUUCAGCAGGCCCCACCUUGUCUCGAAAACCCUGUACAACCGCCUGUUUUUCUCCACCUUGGUCCCAACAAUCGAGGUUGGGGGAUCCUUCAGCGCCAUGGCUGGGAAGAAGGCCGGCCGCUUGGUUUGGGGAGCGCACCGGUCACACCCAGUGCAAGUAUACCAUCGACGCCCUCGCACGAACCUUCCACCCCAUCAAGCCAAACUGACGACCAAGAGCAGUCAGUCGAGCACGGUGACCCCACUCAGACGCCCUCUCGAACGGCUCUCAUAACUCCACUUCGCACAACGCUCAAGGUCGAUAAGCGUGGGAUCGGGCCGCGUUCAAAGUCGAUGCCUAAACCGGCUGUCACGCAUUCCUUGUCGGACAUUAGGAUGGCUGCAGAGCGGGCUAGACGAGAACGGGAUGGUCGUGGAAAACGUGGGUUCGCAAGGACGGCCCGUAGGGAGGCCGAGGAACGAUCUCAACUGUUCCAGGAGCUGAAGUAG